GUGUUGCCGCCCCCUUUUGAAAAGAGUUGGUCAUUCACUCAUUUGUGUCUAAUAGUUUUCUACGCCAAAUAUGUGGUCGUCGUCUUCUGUAGCUCUCUCAAGAUUGUCCCGUCUCCGCAGGCACUUGGACUCAUCGAAUUCGCUCUCGGAUAACAAGGGCGUGGGAUUAAUCAAGGUUUCUCCGGAGGUUUCCGAAGCUUUGUCGAAUGGAAAAGCAGUUGUUGCCCUUGAAUCCACCAUCAUUUCCCAUGGGAUGCCGUAUCCACAAAAUCUCGAAACUGCUAAGGAGGUUGAGGCAAUUGUAAGGAAUAAUGGAGCUGUUCCUGCCACCAUUGCAAUCCUAGAUGGCAUACCAUGCGUAGGUUUGGGUUUAGAAGAGCUUGGGAGGCUUGCCAUCAUUGGAACCAAAGCUCAAAAGACAGCUCGAAGAGACAUUGCACAUGUUGUGGCCACAAGAGGAAAUGGUGCAACUACUGUAUCUGCAACCAUGCUUAUCGCUUCUAUGGUUGGUAUUUCAGUCUUUGUUACAGGAGGGAUUGGAGGAGUGCACAGACAUGGUGAACAUACGUUGGAUAUAUCUUCUGACCUUACCGAGCUUGGGAGGACACCCGUGGCAGUCAUUUCAGCUGGUGUAAAAUCAAUAUUAGAUAUUCCCAAGACACUAGAAUACUUGGAAACGCAAGGAGUUUGUGUUGCUGCUUACAAGACCAAUGAGUUUCCAGCAUUUUUCACAGAAACUAGUGGCUGUAAGGUGCCUUGUCGUGUAGACUCACCAGAAGACUGCGCUCGUCUUAUUGAUGCAAACACGGAACUUGGUCUGGGAACUGGGAUUUUAAUUGCAGUUCCAAUUCCAAGAGAACACUCCGCCUCUGGAAGCUUAAUUGAGUCUGCAAUACAAAGAGCCCUCAGAGAAGCUAGGGGCAAGAACAUUACAGGAAAUGCUGAAACUCCUUUCUUGCUUGCGAGAGUGAAUGAACUAACUGGAGGAGCUUCUCUUUCUUCAAACAUUGCACUGGUGAAGAAUAAUGCCCGUGUUGGUGCCGAAAUUGCUGUAGCACUUUCCCACCUUAGAGAAAAUUGUAACAAAGGCAAUUCGGACUCCAAAUUAUAGGCCCCAAUAUGCAUUGUCUGAAUCACGAAAAAUCCCAGUUCCGUGUUCUAAUUGGCUAAUUGAGAAUCGUGACGGGGCCAUUUUAUGCAUGUCUACUGCUCCACUCUCCUUUUCUACAUGUACUUUUCACGCGCGCAUCAAGACCGUUGAGAAGCUUCAUCCAUUGGCCGAAAUCAUUCAUGAUUUUAUUUUUAUUAUUUAUUUAUUUAGUUUGAAUUAAUUUAUGGCAUGAUUUUGUCUGUUUUAACACUUUUUUGCACCAAAUUUGUAAAAUACUGAAUAAU